GAAGAAGUAGAAGAAGAAAAGCCACAGCUCAAAGGCGGAAAGAAGGAAAUAGUCGUCGCACUUGACUGUAAAAAUUAUCUGUAAAAAAGACCGGAGCACAUAACGUCAAACACAACAGAAGGACAGCAGUAGAAGGAAAUAAGUUAACACGAUGCCGAAAAAGAGAGACCUUGUGAAAGCUGGAGCUCCAGUCAGAUUCAGAGAAAACUCGAGAAUAAUGCGCGCACACGAAUCAAUGGUGGAUUUACUAAGCGGACGUAGUUCUGCUGGCUCUUUCAUGGAUGUCUUUGCCAAUGGAUUAUUAGGUUUAGAUAUUUUUAGAGGCCUUGACGCAGAGCUGGAGAAUGAAAUAAUUUAUUCUGACGAGGAUGAUGAUGAUGAGUUUUAUCCACCAAUGGCUCCUAACAGGGCUUUAGAACCACAUCCACGAAUAAGACAACUCACUGAUGAGGAGGCUGAAAAACAUGCAAAAGAAUUGAUAGAAGAAGAGGAACGACGUAAGGACAAAACAGAGAAGAACAAGCGUAAGAAAAUGCGUAAAAAACAGAAAAAGCGGCUAGAAAAGGAGAAUGCAGUUAAAGACAUUUUACCUGAGGAGGAACAAGGCAAGUCCGACUCCUCAGAGAAUCAAGAAGAAAACCCUAUUAUUGAAAGUAACGCAGAAGCAACUGAAUCUCCCGAAUCCAGUAAAACUCCAAAUGAAACUGAGGUCCCUGGAUCUGAUGAGAGCAGCGAGAAAAAUAAAGAAGAAAGUCUUGUGAAGAUGAAUAAAAAAGAAGAUGGAGAGCAAAAGGAUUUGAAUUUAAAUAAUUCAUAUGCUUCUACUGCUGAAUCGGCGCCUGAGGAGACGCAUAACCAGACGCCGGCGACGGAGAGGAAAAAGGAAAAAAGUAAAUUACCAGAGGUUCAGCAGCCCGAAGAGGAAAAGUCAAAAGUUGUGGAGAAACAACCUGAAGUUCAAAAGAAAAAGGAAGAGAAACAAGAAACCAUUAAAGAGAAAACAAUGGAUCCUACUGCAGAGGAGUAUGCAAAAAGAAGUAGAGAGCUGGCAGGUAUUGGAAAUCGUUUGGCCGCUUCGGGACAGUACGGGGUGGCUGUGAAAUGCUUUACUGACGCCAUUAAAUACAACCCGAAGGAAUUUAAAUUAUUUGGAAAUCGGUCCCUCUGCUAUGAAAGGAUGCAGCAGUAUGAAAACGCUCUCAGGGAUGCUGAUCUAGCACUCUCCAUGGAGCCGAACUGGGUGAAAGGUUUAUUUAGGAAAGGGAAAGCUCUCUGCGGGCUCAAGAGAUACUACGAGGCCUCGCUGGUCUAUAAGGAGGUGCUGAAGCUGGACAGCAAGAGUCUGGAAGCAACGCAGGAGCUGAAACGAGCACAGACGUUGCACCUCAUGGAAAUGGGUUUCUCUUGGGGGCAGAGCUCUGAGGCCUUGAAAACACACGCCACGCUGGAGGAAGCUGUGGAAGCGCUGUUCGGCGGUGACAGUAGUCGAGUUCCCAGAGACGCCGGUGCCAGUAGAGACACUAUGGAACAGCCGGUGGUGCAGCGGGAAGACGAAGACGAGGACGGACAGUGGAUCGUCUGUGGAAUACAGCCGAGCCGUCCUAGAACGCAGCAGAUCAAAGAGUCUGAUGGUUUUGGACAAAGCAGAUCCAAUUCUCUGUCGCCGACCCCUCUGUCCAGGAGCUCUGUGAAACCGGAGCUUUUCCCCAUUUGGGUUGGAUCUUUGGCGCCUGCCGUCACCUACGCAACACUCCAUGAGCUCUUCAGCAGAGCCGGGACGGUCUACAGCAUCAAGAUGCUGCUGGAACACCAAUGUGCCUUUGUGAACUACACCAAAAAAGAAGACUGUGACACAGCCAUCCAGUGUAUAAACGGAAUGGUGGUAGAGGGAGCUCCUCUGUCAGUGCGAUAUCCCAACAAAAUACCCACUGGACUGGGUAUGUCCAAAUCAGCUGCCACCGAACCCACUUCCCGCCCCGGCAUGUUCAAGAAGGAAUGCUUUUUCUGGAGGACCACAGGCUGCACAAGGCAGGACUGCACCUACAAACACGUCCCAGAACACAAGAAUAUUGACAAGGAAAAAUUCACCAGUAGACUGGGAACUAAUCACAUGUAGAGGAACUUUAAAAAAAAAAAAAAAAAGGCCAAGAUUUAAUAACAAGCAUGCAAUGUUUCCUCUGAAAUCUGAUGCAGUGGUGGUGCCAAAUUAGACGGAUUCUCAUUCACCUACUUUUGGUUUUGGUUCUGCUUCUUGUUCAGUUACAAAUACAAGAACACGGUUUGGAUUUGACAUUCUGUUGCAUGUUUGGAAAUGUUUGCACCAUGACGGCCCACCACAUGUAAGAAUACAAAGUUCACACCAGAUGACAUUAUACUAGUCUACCAUAUUAAUAAUUAAUGUGCCUUUUUAUACAGUGGGUAACUUAAAAACGUACAUCAAGCUUUGAGCAUUUCUUUGCCUUUGGCUUUUGUCAGUAAUUAAUUGUAAUCUGAUCUGUUUAAAGAUUGUGUUAAAACACUUAUAUUAUAAUUUUUUUGCAUUGCAUUGUUUUAAAAUCAACAGAUUUUUUUCUGUUGAUUUUCUGUCACCACUAGGUGGCAGCAUCAUCUUUAUGCCUUUUUCUUCAGGGCUCCCAAUCUGUUGUGCUUUUAUUUUAAAGGCUGUGAUUCAUGACUGGUUAUACUACCAGCACUUUUAACGUGCUAUGUUUAAUUUGUGAGUCUGUGCUCUGUGAUCAGGUUGCAAGAACAUGAGGCAUGUUAAAGGUGUGGGGGGGGGGCAAUGGUUCUGUUUAAUAGUCAUGUAAAUAUUUAUAAAUCUUACCAUGUCCGGUCUGCUGGAGAAUCUGUUUAUUGAUGUUUGGACACAAACGGUCAUACAAUAAGUGCCUUUUAGUAGCACUGGGGAAUCAGUUUUAUCAGGCCCAGAGGGGGAAUUAAAGCCUCAACUUUGUUUCAUCAACAUCAUGCCAUAAACAUUAAUAUAAACAGUACAUGACCAAAGACUUUGUGUAGGAGGGGCGUUACAGAUGAGCUUGGAUAUGACUCACUACAAAGAAUAAUAAAGUCAGCCUGAUGGUGAGCAGAAUAAGGCUAUAGUAUGAUUUGUGAGCGGGAUUAUUAAAGCCUCAGCGUGCAUCCCGGUGUAAUUUGAGAUCUCGCACGGAGGUCAGAGGAAGCCAUGACUUGAAGAUGAGAGGCCCAGUGGUUUGUUGCUGUACCGCCACCAAAACACCAGAUUAAUCCUGUUGCAGCUGUGUAUCCUGUUGCAGUGUCCUUGAAUGAGACACUGAAGCCCUCUGUAUUCGCUUUAGGUGAGCCUUUUUUUUUUUUUUUUUUUUUUUU